AUGCCCUAUCCAGACGGCUCAGGUCAUUUGACUGGUCUAGUCUGCCUGAAGAAACCUCCAAAGCCAGAAAAGCACGUUGAAGCCAAAGCCAUCGAUAUCGCGGCCGUUCAUGGGCUCAGCUCAGAGCCAGGUGCGAACACCUGGCAGGCUCCCGACGGCACCGUCUGGCUCCGGGAUCUGGUCUCAAAGGAUAUCAAAGGAGCCCGGGUGUUUGCAUUCAACUACGACGCUCAAGCACUCUUCUCGGGGCAGCAGGGCAGUCUUGAGAGCGUUGCUCAGAUCCUGUUGGGUGAGGUAACGAGCCGGAGAGUCUCUACGAGAAUCGGUAGUUGA